AUGGCAGACAUUGUGUACAAAAUUGUUGGCUCUUUCAAUCGUAAAAUAAUUCAUCAAAAAAGACCUGUUUUACUUUUAAUCGAUAACGCAGGCUGUCACCCAGAAGAUCUUAGGGAUAAGUUUAGCAAGGUGAAAGUUGUAUUUUUCCCACCCAAUAUAACUUCAAAGCUCAAACCAUUACGUCUUGGGAUCAUCAAAAAUUUCAAGUUCCACUAUCGGCGCUAUCUUCUUUCUUAUAUUCUUGCUUCCAUUGAAACAUGUGUUCCUUCUUCUGAAGUUGCUAAAACUAUCACCAUAUUAGAUGCUAUACGUUGGAUAUCAAAGCCAUUGAGAGAUGUCAAACCUGAAACUAUCAGCAAAUGUUUCGGAUGUGCUGGAGUGACACCCUCUGCUAUUGCUGUAGGAAGAUAUAGAUCUGAUUGA